UGUUUUACUCCGGAAGAAAUGUGGGUGAGGUCCUUCUAUUUCCGUAUCUGGGAAAGAGCAGUGGUGUGUUUUCAGCGUCUGUCUUGAACGGUUAAAAAAAUGCAGGACCCUAAUGCAGAUACUGAGUGGAAUGACAUCCUGAGAAAGAAGGGGGUCCUUCCUCCCAAGGAGAAAACUCAGGAUGAGGUUGAGGAGGAAGCUCUAGAGAAGCAGAUACUUCUUCAGCAGGAAUCUGUUGUGAAAACCUAUGAGAGCAUGACUCUGGACGAGCUGGAUGAGAACGAGGAUGACUUCAGUGAAGAGGACGAGGCCGCCAUCGAGAUGUACAGACAGAAGAGGCUUGCGGAAUGGAAAGCCACCCAGAUAAAGAAUUGCUUCGGUGAAGUAGUGGAGAUCUCUGGGCAGGACUACAUCAAGGAGGUGAACAAAGCUGGAGAGGGAAUCUGGGUCGUGCUCCAUCUCUACAAACAGGGAGUACCUCUGUGUACCCUGAUAAACCAGCAUCUAUCAGAGCUGGCCAGGAAGUUCCCCCAGACCAAGUUCCUCAAGUCCAUCUCCACCACCUGCAUCCCCAACUACCCCGACCGCAACCUGCCCACCAUCUUUGUCUACCACGAGGGAGAGAUGAAAGCACAGUACAUCGGGCCUCUGGUCUUCGGAGGCAUGAACCUCAAAGUUGAAGAGCUGGAGUGGAGGUUAUCGGAAUCUGGCGCUGUCAAGACAGACCUGGAAGAAAACCCCAAGAAGCAGAUUGAAGACAAGCUAAUGUCGUCGAUUCGAUCCACUCUCCCCACACGGAAAGACAGUGACUCAGAAGAAGAGAACUAGCCCCCUAACUGCCAAAUAACAUUAAUCUAAUGCUCCACUAUCACGGAGUGGGGAUGGCUCUCUACUGUGGUGAUGCGUUAAAAUGCACACCUCUUCCUAGGCUUACCGCAGAGAGGCUCCAUCAGAGUACUAUGCCUUCCCGGUUGAAGGAUCUCGUGUUAAGUGAUCAUUCUCCUAAAUCAGAUCGGACUCUUCAACAGUGUUUCUACAGAACCUUUGGUUGAAGAUUGUCAUUUUUUAUUUUGCAUAUGCGUUUUAUAAUAUGACAAUAUAAAUAUAUACAAUUCUAAUUGUUAAAUUAAAUGUAAGUAGCCAUUCACCCAUGCCAUAAUCACGGUUGACAGUUUUUUAAUAAAGUGUUCGCUGUGAUCUGUGUAACCAUCACAUAAAGGACUCCUUUGGUGUA